AUGUCAUCGAAAGCCUCCGAUGCCGCGGAAUCGCUGCUUCAUCCCGACUCAUCCAACACCCCAGUUCGCACGGAGAUCUUCGCGGCGUUUGCCGCCAUUGCCUGGUACAAUGCCAUUGAACUUAUUAUUCUCUGUUUCGUCUCCUUCAAACGCCGCCGUGGCUGUUAUUUCUGGAGUCUGCUAGUCGCUUCUUCCAGUAUCGUCCCGCAUUGCCUGGGCUAUGUCCUUCUCUUCUUUCCAACGGGGGUAUCACCCUACAUCUGCGUCACCCUCAUCGUCUUCAGCUGGUACGGCAUGGUGACCGGUCAAUCGCUGGUACUCUGGUCGCGUCUGCAUUUAGUCUUGCAAAAUACCAAGAUUCUCUGGGGCGUCCUCUGGAUGAUCAUGGUAGACGCCGUGCUCCUCCAUAUCCCUACCACGGUGCUACUAUACGGAACGGUAGCAGCCCCCGUCAGUGCCUGGUCUCGCGGAUACAGUACCAUGGAGCACAUCCAGCUCGUAGGAUUCUGUAUCCAGGAACUGAUCAUCUCGGGACUGUACGUCUGGGAAACGGUCAAACUACUCCGACUUCGACCUCAAGGCCGACCACACGGGAUCCUCCAUCAACUCCUCACAAUCAACAUCAUCAUCCUCCUCCUAGACGUCGCCAUCGUCGUCAUCGAAUACGUCGGCUACUACGCCGUCCAAGUCAUGUUCAAGCCCGUCGCAUACAGCAUCAAACUGAAACUUGAAUACGCUAUUCUCGGCAAAUUAGUAGCCAUCGCCCAGGGUGCCCAGACCUACAAUGACGACGAGUUACCUUCCAGCACGCGAGAGAUCAAUUCCUUCCCGUCUUCGCAUGAAACGCCGCCGAGGCCUGACUUUGGGCGACAUCCUCGUCGUAUGUACAGUUUCCCAUGGUUUUGGGAGAAUUCACACCAGUCCAGUUGUACCUCAUCUGGGAUAUGA